GUACGGAUAUUUCACAUCAGAACUGCUUUGCUACUCUAAACUAUCGCAUUAGAUUUGGAUUCCAAAAAUGAAUACAUUUAUUAUUCUCACAAUUUCUUUUGCUGUUUUGGCAUCUUGUAGGGCCGAUGAUGACGACAAAGAAAAGAGGAGGGAAAGAGUUGUGUCUUUUUACAAGUGUAUCUCUUGUGGAUCUAAAGAAGCCAUCACAGCGUAUGAGAAAUGUGCUCAAUUGAAACCUGAGAAGAGCAAGAUUCAUCUUGAAGAAUGCCUGAAAAAAGUGCUACCGGAAGAAAUACUAGAGGACGAUUCAAAGCGUUGGGAUUAUUUUUGUCAAAAUCCAGCAUCCCUUGGAAAAACCUUUGACUGCUUGUUCAUUGAAGAGUACUUCAAAUCGCUGACUGAUGAAGAUUUAGCAGCAUUGAUGAAAUUCAAAGACUGUGCAAAAGGAAUUAAAGAACAGUACUGCAAAGAGUAAAGAGGCAAAGAGAUAUUUUAUAUAAAUUUUAUAUCGAUGUUAUUUUAUUAUUUCAGAAUAUGUUUAUGAUAAAAGAGUUUUAUAUAGUAGUACUGUAAAGAUUUUUAUGAAUAAUAAAAGUAUAUCUAGAUUAUAAAAA